AUCAAUCAAUGAUGAUUAAUUUUAUUCUAUUUUUUCAAUUAUCCAUUUUGAUGACGAUUAAUUCACAAUUAUUUAAUGAUAAUAGAAUCGAUAAUAAUAAUCAUCACGAUGAAGGAAUGAUUCGUCUGGUCGGUGGUCGAACAAUGUUCGAAGGUAAUGUGGAAAUUAAUCAUUUCGGCCAAUGGGGAAUGAUUUGUGAUGAUGAAUGGAACAUGAAUGAUGCCAAUGUAGCAUGUAAACAAUUGGGUUUUGUUCUUGGCGCAAUUAUGGCAACGAAUAAUAGUCGUUAUGGUCAAGAAAAUGAAUUAAUUUGGAUGGAUAAUGUCAUGUGUGAUGGCCGAGAAUCGUCAAUUUCUUCAUGUCGAUUUAAUGGCUGGAAUAUUCAUGAUUGUAAAACCGAUGAAGCAGCUGGUGUUAUAUGUCGUGUACGUUUCGAUCAACCACAGCAACCAUUAUGGCCAAUUCCGAUUCCGAAACCGACGUUGAUGGUAAACAGACAAAUGAAAAUGCCAGAUUUACCAGAUUUAGAACCAGAUCCAAAAGAAGUUGAAAAAUCUGCAUACAUUGAAUCAAGAUCAAUAAUGUAUUUACAAUGUGCAAUGGAAGAAAAUUGUCUCUCACAAUCGGCAUAUGAAAUUGAUAAAAAUGAUCCAACAUGGAUUUUUCAUACAAGAAUCUUGUUACGAUUCACGGCAAGUAUACGUAAUGUUGGCAAUGUUGAUUUUCGUCCAUUUAGACAAAAAAAUCAAUGGAUUUGGCAUUCAUGUCAUCGUCAUUAUCAUAGUAUGGAAAUAUUUGCUACAUUCAAUAUAAUCGAUCAUGAUGGAAAUCCGGUAGCACAGGGACAUAAAGCUAGUUUUUGUCUUGAAGAUAAUGAAUGCCAUAAUGGUGUUGAUGCCAAUUAUGUUUGUGCCAAUUAUGGUGAUCAAGGUAUUAGUGUCAAUUGUGUGGAUAUCUAUAAAUCCGAUUUAGAUUGUCAAUGGAUCGAUAUAACUGAUAUUGUACCGGGAUCAUAUCAAUUGAAGAUUAUAAUUAAUCCAGAAAUGAAAGUGGCAGAAAAAACAUUUGAUAAUAAUGCUGUAUUAUGUUCAUUUGAUUAUCAUGAUGGUCAUCGUAAUCAUAGAUCAAUAGUAGUCACUAAUUGUACAUUAAGUUCAUUGUGAAACUCAUUGGUUUGACUAAUUUUUUUAAAAUUCAUUUAUUAUUAUUGCUUUUUAUAUAG